ACCAUGUAAUGAAGUUGUUCAAUACAAUACAAGAACUGAGUUCUCUAGUGGCUCGAGUGUUGCAAAAUUUGAUGAAAGAAGCUAUCUUGAAAACUCAAAAGUGAGAGUCUACUACUUUUGAAAUUCUACUCUUUAUCAUCUGGUGUUGUGAGCCAUUUGUUGUCUGGAAGUGAUGGCAGAGAAAUUGAUCUUCCUUUUGAAAUGACUGAUCAAGAAUUGGAGGUAGCUCUUUUUCCAAGAAGUAGUUUUAUUCUUGGGAGAUCUGGAACUGGGAAAACAACUAUCUUAACCAUGAAAUGUUUCAAAAAGAGCAGCAACACUAUUUCUCUUUAGAAGGACUGUCUGACGGUUAUACAAGUUCUAUGCCUGCUUCCCCAAGAAAUUGGGUGAGAGAGGAUCUUGGAGAGCCAAAUGGAACCAACCUUCGGCAAAUGUUCGUAACAGUCAGCCCUCAACUAUGUACUGCUAUCAAGAAUCAAAUAUCUGAUUUGAAAAGUUUUAUAUGCGGUGGGAAAUCUUCAGUUGAAAAAGUUCUUAAUGAUGCUUGACGGAAGUAUGGAGAACUCGUAUUUUGAUAGAUUCAAUGAUGUAAGGGAGUUUUGUGCGGGCAAUACUGGAACAACUAGGACUUUUGCUUUAAAUGCUUUUAUUAGAUCAAAGGAGGUAAAUUACGAUCGGUUUAAUUCAUUUUACUGGCCCCAUUUUAACUGUCACUUGACCCGGAAACUCGACUCUUCAACUGUCUUUGUUGAGAUAAUGUCUCACAUAAAGGGUGGCCUAACUGCUGCUUAAUGGUGAGUUCAAUUUUGCUGAUUUAGUCAUGGACCUUCAUCGACGACUGAGAAAAGGGAGCUAUCGGGGUGAUCAAAUGGAUUUUGUGUAUAUCGAUGAGGUCCAAGAUUUAACCAUGAGACAGGCUGCUCUUUUUAAGUAUAUAUGCCAAAAUUUUGGGGAAGGAUUUGUUUUCUCGGGUGAUACAGCUCAAACUAUUGCAAGGGGUAUUGAAUUCCGAUUCCAAGACAUAAGAUCUUUCUUUCACAAUGAAUUCAUCUCAGAACCAGAAAGUGAUUUUGAAGGGAGAGCAAAGGAGAAGGCACACUGUUCUCUAUCUGAUUAUUUUCAAUUGAAUCAGAAUUUCCGAACUCAUGCAGGCAUUCUGAAGCUGUCUCAGAGCGUAAUAGAGCUUCUUUACCACUUCGUUCCCCUCUCUAUUGAUUCUUUAAGCCCUGAGAAUAGCCUUGUCUAUGGUGAAGCACCGGUUUUACUUGAAUCUGUGAAUGGCAAAAAUGCAAUUGGAACAAUUUUUGGAAAUAGUGGGAGUACUGGUGGGAGUUUGAUUGGGUUUGGAGCAGAACAGGUUAUUUUAGUGCGCGAUGAUUCUGUUAAGAAAGAAGUGUCUGGCCAAAUUGGAAAGCAAGCCCUUGUGUUGACAUUGGUCGAGUGCAAAGGCCUCGAGUUUCAGGAUGUUCUGUUGUACAACUUUUUUGGAACAUCUCCUUUAAAGAAUCAGUGGCGAGUAAUUUACGGAUGUAUGGGGGAACUAGAUCUGUUUCACUGUAACGAACACGAAUCAUUUCCAAGUUUCUGCUUGUCUAAGCACAAAAUUCUUUGUUCUGAACUGAAGCAACUAUAUGUGGCUCUUACUCGUGCUAGGCAGAGAUUGUGGAUCUAUGAUAAUAUAGACAAAUUCUCGAAGCCUAUAUUUGAUUACUGGAAGAAGUUGGGAGUCGUACAGGUUAGACAUCUGGAUGAGUCUCUUGCACAGACAAUGCAAGUUGGGAGCAGCAAGGAAGAGUGGUGUUCUCGUGGUAUCAAGCUAUUUAAUGAGGGUAAUUUUGAGAUGGCGACACUGUGUUUUGAAAGAGCUGGAGAUUCAUACAAAGAGAAAUGGGCAAAAGCUGCUGGACUUAGAGCUGCUGCUAACCGAAUGGAUGGUUCUAAUUCUGAACUGGCUCGGGUUUCUCUGACAGAGGCUGCUGAGAUUUUUGAAACAAUUGGAAAGUUUGGGAUUGCUGCAAAAUGCUUUAUUCAGUUAAAGAAGUACAAAAGGGCAGGUUUGCUUUAUCUGAAUAAUUAUGAGGAAUCAAAGCUACGGGAUGCAGCUGAUUGUUUUUCUCUUGCUGAAUGUUGGUCUAUUGCGGCCGAAGUGUAUUAUAGGGCCAACUGCGUGUUGAAGUGCCUGACUGUUUGCACCAAAGGAAAUCUUUUUGAAGCAGGGCUUCAAUUCAUAGAGAAAUGGCAAGCAGAUAAAGCCUCCGAUUGUGAUGCAGCUGAAAUUCAAGUGCUGAAAGAAUUGAAACAAGAGUUCCUGGAGAGAUGUGCAUCUCACUAUCAUCAAAUUGAAGAUACAAAAAGUAUGAUGAAGUUUGUUCGAUCUUUUAACUCAUUGGACUUGAUGCGGAUUUUCUUGGAAACUCGUAGUUAUCUUGAGGAGCUCGUGGUUUUGGAGGUCGAGUUUGGCAAUUGUCUGGAGGCUGCCAAUUCUGCAAAACUUAGAGGAGAUCUCCUUCUUGAAGCAGAAAUACUGGAAAAUGGUGGGUACUAUGAAGAAGCAUCAGGGACCCUUCUGCUGUAUGUUCUUGUCAAUUCUCUUUGGACAACAGGAAGCAAAGGUUGGCCCUUAAAGAAAUUCUCUAACAAAGAGAAACUUUUGAAAAAAUCAAAAUUGAUUGCGAAGACUAGAAUGAUCACUUUUACGAGCUAAUUUGCCUGGAGGCUAGCUCAUUAUCAGAGAAAGAUAGCAGCUUAGCAGAGAUGGGAGAUUUUUUGGCUACUUCCCAGAGACACGGUCAUCUUGGAGCAGAAAUUAUGUAUCUUCGGAAGAUUCUUGAUUCCCAUCUUAAGGUAAAGCUUGCUAAAUAUGAACAGGAUGAAAUGGGGGUGUUGGAUUCUAUGAAACAUGCAGCACUUAUGAUUUCUCGUAAGAGGGUCUCCGCUCAGACUUUAAUAUACUUCUGGAAUACAUGGAGGGAGAAGAUUCUAAGCAUAUUGAUGUACCUCGGUUCUAUUGGAAAUAUACAUGAAAAAGACUACAAGGACUAUGAGGAGUUUUGUUCAAGUUACCUGGGUGUCUGCAAAACCGUACAAAAUAGCAGUUUCAUCUACAUGUUGCUAAAUGCGAAUGCCUACUGGAUGAAAGGCAUCUGUCAUAAUCUCUUAGACGAAAUGGGGAAUUGGUUAGAAUGGAUGCUCACCAGUUUGUAUCUGCUGCUCAGAGUUAUUGGGUUUCUGAAGUCACUUGUCUUGGUAUGAAUGUGUUAGAGAAGCUUGACACCCUUUACCGGUUUUAUGGUGGAAAAUCUAUGUUUAAUCAGGGAGUGAUGUCUCUUCACAUACUUGAAAUCACAAAGGGGCUCAUGGAAUCCAAGGUAUUCGACCGAGAGGCUCCCAAGGCAUUACUAGGAUACUCAGCAUCUUCUAAGCAGCGUUUUUUCGGAAGUAUAUGUCCUGCGGACUCAAAAAUGAUUUUUUCAGAAGAUAUGUUUAAGCUAAGAAAAACAGAGUUUUGUAGGGAAAUUACCAAAGAAGUAAUUAUGGAAAUAAUCAGCACAAAAAAAAAGUUGUCUCUUGGGCGACUUUGGAAACUGGUGAUGCUGAUUUUUGUAUAUGGGAGUCUACCUGUUGAACUGUACCAGGUGAUUGUAAACCAUUUUGAUCUGGACAUAUUCUGGGAAUCCUUCUUUGAGCAGUUUAAAGACUGCAUUGAUUCAGGGAUUGUGAGGUUAUCAUUUCUCUUGCAGAUUAGAAAAUCUUUGGGGAGAACCUGUCAGCCGAACUGGAGCAAAAUGGCAAGUUAUAUUUCACCAUUCCACUUUUCGUAUCUUUUGGAACACUUACUUUAUUUGGGAAGUUCUUGGAAACCUAUCUAUUUCACUACAAAGUCUUCUCUCCUGGAAACACUUACAUGUGAGAACUGGAAACUGUACUCCAAAUCUAAGUCAGAAACAGAUAUUAGCUUACAGGCAGAACUAUGUUCUUUAGAAAGUUUUCUGUCGGGCUUUGCUCAUCAUAUACUUUUGGGGAAGAAAGACACAGUGGAAUGGUUUGAGAAAACUGAUAUUGCAUCCAAGAGAAAUUAUCCUUCUCUUGUUUUAAGGUUAUCUAUCCUGGUUUGUCUAGUUUGUAUCAAUUCUAGAAACCGGUUUGGUCAUCUCUAUGAAAUACUCAUUGAAGAUGAGAUAUCUUCUUUGCUCCCAUUGGAAUUUCGUAGGAUCCUUAAGCUUGCAAAACCGUCGAAAAAUCCCUUGUUUGAGAAAGUAUCCAAGGAGGUUGAUUAUAAUAUGUUAUCUAAAUUAUUCGCGGAGGUGCUUAAGACCAUUGAGAAUCCUAUGGUGAUUCUGUAUUCUGGUAAAAAGCGUCCAGUCUUUUUCUAUCUCGAUGCCAUAUUCAUAGACAUGGAGUUGAUUACGUGUAGAGAAGAUAUAUUGAAUAUACUCUCUCUCAAGAGAACAGAAUGUUUGAAGCAAGGUGCCAAAAUUGGAUCGGAGGCCCAACCGUUCAUGGAGAAUGGGGGUUACGAGACCAUUUGGCGUGAAAUAGACGUUUUUGCUGUUAAUCAUCUUGCACUGAAGUUUAAUAUGGAGUUACUUAUUCGUGUUCUCGUUGCUGGAGUUGCCAAAUUGAAUCUGAAUGCAUCUUCUAGCGCGGAAGAUCAUAGGUUUGUUACUGAAGCAGAUAUCAUGAUUAGCGAAGUAAAGCGCAACUUAACUGCUUUACGGGUUUCUGGAACGAGCCAGGAGAAUAUCCAGCUCAUCCUGGAUAGAUUUGGUAUACUUCAUCAAAAGUCGCAAACAAUGGAUAUAAGAUUAAGACACCAAUCAGAUUCUUUCUUCUCAAUGCUUGCGACUCCAAAUACUUCUCAGGUCCGUUUGAUGUCAAUGAUGAAACAUAGCGAAUUGAAGGAAAGAUCAAGAAUGGAAAAAGACAUGAAGGGGAAAGGCAAAAGGAAUUAAUAUACUAGUAUUUGGUCUUUCGUCACAUUCUGUUCAUCCACAAUUGCUUACUUUUGUAUGUAUAUAUUGCACAUUAGCAGAGUCUAGCAUAUCAGUUGUUAAGUAUUUAAACAGAAAAGUUGGUACUUUGGUUAGAGGACAGGGUUCGGUUUAGGUGGUGCAUUUGGUGUGGGAGCCAAUGCAGGUGGUACCUGAUUUUGUACUUUUUGUAAUAUGAAGAAAAUCUACGGUCUGUCCUGCAAAUGUUACCACUAAUCUGGAAUAAAUGAUACUCUGAGUCUCUCUGAUGGACCAUUUUCAAGAAAAA